AUGCCCAGAAGGACUGCACAAGUCCUUGACUCGUUCUAUCUGAUAAGCACAGUCCAUAUUUUCAAAGAAUCAAUUAGAGUUAUGCUUCUCCGUCCAACUCAUUUCCAUUCAAUCUCUAUUUUUCUCUUCUCUCCACUCCCAAUCUCACUCUUCAUCUCCCAUUUUCUCAUUCACGCUUCUCCCCAAUUACCAUUCUCAGCAAUCAGCAUAACAGAUCAUCUAUUUGGACAGAUUGGUGGAGUUCACCCUCUCCCUCAACUAGCCUCCAAAACUUUAACACACAUCAUCAUUUGCUUUCCUUCCUCCAUCACGUUCGCACUCCUUGGACGAGCUGCUACUGUUCAAGUAGUUUCCGACAGCUACAGUGGAAUAAACCUCGAUGGAAGACGGCUACUUACGAGAAGCGGGUCAGCUUGGAUUAAGCUUCUACAUACAACUUUUUGGGAGUUACUUAUCCUGCUUUCUCUUUGGGUGAUUUUUGUUGCUACUUUGGUAUCCGUACCUGCUACGCUGUUUGCUUAUGGAAUAUGUUCUAGAAUCCUAGGAUUCUGGGUAAUUCUAGGGUUUCUAGGAGUACCCUUCUGUCUGGCAUUUGCGCAUCUUAUGGUUUUGGGAAAUUUGGCGAAGGUUUUAACAGUUUUGGAGAGUGAGUGCUGUGGAUUUAAAUCAUUAGUUAAGGCUAAUAAUAUGAUGGCUGGGAGACAACAAACAGCUCUAAUUAUGGCUUUGUUGAGUAACAUUGGACUUAGACUAGUUGAGUGUUUGUUUGAGUUUAAGAUGAGCAAGGGCAUUAGUUUUUGGGAAGGGCCCAUGCUGGUUUCUAUGUAUUCCAUGGUGCUUGUUUUUGACACUGUUACUACUGCUGUGUUCUAUUAUGCCUGUAAACCUUGA